AGUAAAGCAGAUAUUCAAAAAGAGAUUCAGAAUAAAAAAAUAAUCCAAAAUGAGCUAAAUGAUUGUAAAAAUUACAGUUCACACAUUGAAAAUCAGCUAAGAGUCACUCAACUGAAUUUGACAGAUUUACAAGAGGAGUUGACGAAGAUUCAAAAGAAGCCCGUAACAAUUCUACCAAAGUCUUGUUUAAAUUUGAGUCCUGGUAUUCAAGAGAUACAACUUCCAAAUAAUAAAAGUUGUAAUGUUCUUUGUGAUGAUAAUGGUUGGAUGAUCAUUCAACGUCGAAUUAAUGGAGAUCAAGAUUUUGAUAAAAACUGGCAAGAAUACGUGAAUGGAUUUGGAUACUUGGAUGGAGAUUUUUGGUUUGGAUUGGAAAACCUGCAUCUGUUGACAAGUUCAGAUCGUCACCAGCUAAACAUUAUAAUGACAAUAUAUGGGCUUACAAGUUUUGUUGAAUAUGACGACUUUCGUGUAGGCAAUUUAGAGUCUCUAUACGAAUUGGAGUCAUUAGGAACAUUUAUAAAGGGAAGCAAGAAACAUCCAUUUAACAGAAAUUCGUUAACACCAAAAGAAAAAACGAAAUUUUCAACAUAUGAUAAAAAAAAUAAUCCAAAUACUUAUAAAAAUUGCGCUGAAAAUGGCAUGGGUGGCUGGUGGUAUUUGUAUUGUUUUGGCAGCAACCUAAACGCGCCUUACAAUGAUGAAAUGGUCUGGUCUUAUAAUAGAGUAACUUCCGCAACUAUGAAAAUUCGCCCAUACUCUAAUGAGUAUUAAAAGUCUCUAUUCUCUUUAAUACUUAUUUAAUGCUUUAUAGCAAUUUUUAUUUUCUUUUGCUAAUAUU